ACACAGUUACCUCAGAACUGAAAUAUUCCUGGAAACACCGGCCUUGUCUGGUUAAUUUCAUGAGCCGUUUUUCUGCCCAGAUGACUUCGCUCUUGUUUUUCCAGAGGCUUCUCCCUGUGCCGUCCCUGUGUAGGGAGCCAGUCCUCCCCAGGGAUGUCCCACAGGGCCCAGACAGGGAGGGAAGAACAAGGCCCAGAACUGGGUUCCUGACCCCCGCCCCACCCUCUGUGGGCCAGGCAGAGCCAGUCCUCGAACCCUGGCUGGCAGGGCUGCCCAGAGCACGGUGGGGUAAAGAGCCGAGCCUAGCUCCUCACUGCCGAUUCUGCCAGGACCCUCGGCGUCAUCACUGACUGAGGAGGAGACCGGACUUAGUCCCAGAAGGGCUGCUCCCUGCUCAGCAGGUCUCCAGCCCCUGAAACUAAUCCCUCACUGUGCCCAUAGGAUCCUGGGCACUCAGCCAGACAGCGGCUGAGGGCAGCAGAGGAGAAGGGCCUGGAGUUGUCUGGGGAUGUGAAGAACAGGGAAUAGAAAGGAACUCAGGGGGACUUCCCUGGUGGUCCAGUGGUUAAGACUCAACACGUGUACUGCAGGGGGCACGGGUUUGAUCCCUGCUUAGGGAACUAGGAUACCCCUAGUGCUGCUCAGCGCAGCCAAAAAAAGUGGGGGGAGGAGAAAGAAGGGAACUCAGAGUCAGCAAGAGCUAGGGGUGGAAAGGAAGGAUGAGGAGAGGACCAUUUGGGAGGGAAGCCACAGGCUACAGAUGGAGAAGAGGAAGAGGGGAGCCUGUCUCCCCAGGCAGCAGUUAUGGGUCUGGCCCUGCCUUCUGUCCUAAAACACACGUGGGUGGGGCACGUGUGUGCGUGCGUGCGUGCAUGCACACACACACAUAUUCUCAAACAAGAGCCCUUCACUCAGGACGGCAGAUUCCCUGAGACUAGAGGCACGCUGUUAUCACGCUCUAUCAGUGCAGCCGGUGCCAAUGCAUCUGAAAGAGCCAGACCGACCAGCGGGCCACUGCAGAAGGUCCCAGCUGAGUCCUGCCCUCCACAGAGACCUUCCAGACUGUGUGAAUCCUAAGCUCUCCGAGGCUGCAACCCUCUCUAAACCCCUGACCCAGCAUAUGACUAAGUCUAAACCAACCUGGUCUUAAUUCUUCCUAACUCCACACUUACCAUUACUCUUCAGUACAAUCAACUUGUUAAACCUGUAUCCAACUUAUUUCUGUCAAAGCAACAUAUAUCAUUGUAGAAAAUUUGACAGGAUAUAAUCAAAACUAAAAAAAGGAAACCACUGUCGACCUCACAGCUCCCCAAGCUCAAAACCCAAACUAGCCCUACUGAGUGACAUUCCGUGUAUCACCCCAUCACACAGCUACAUCAACAAAUGCACAAACUUCAGCCCUAGCCAACCCUCUGCCUGCCCAAACCUAACCACAUCCCCCAGCUGGACUCAAACCUCAACCACACUCAGUCAGCCAGAUCCCAAUAAACUAACCUGAAACUUUAAAAGGAACCCAGUCCUUAAACCUAACCUAGCCCAGUGCCAAUUACAGCCUUACUCUCUCCUAACCCUCAUGGCCAUUGCCAAUCCCAAGGCCCACUGAAUCCUGGUCUAGUGCUCUUGACCUUGAACCUCACCUAAAACCUGGGAACAUCAUGUUUCCCAACGGUCGAGUCUGCCCUCACAGCUCUGACCCCUGGCCUCUGAUAUCCUGCGGGGCCCAAACUCUUCAGCAUCAUCAGUGGACAAGCUGCUGCUGCUAAGUCGCUUCAGUCGUGUCUGACUCUUAGCGACCCCAUGGACUGCAGCCUACCAGGCUCCUCCAUCCAUGGGAUUUUCCAGGCAAGAGUACUGGAGUGGGGUGCUAUUGCCUUCUCUGCAGCGGACAAGUGGGACUCAUCAAAUACAUCACAUGCUGUCUCUGCCCCACCCCCACCUUGUUUUCAUGGCAGACCGAUCCCCAGGUCUCAUUCAGGUCUAACUUUCCCCCAUCUGAUACCCUAGAUGAGCAUGGGGCAAAUCUCACUGCAGCCGGCCUCUCAGAGCGAGCACCACAUUUCCUUCAGUCUAAUGCGACCCUGCACUUUCCACGCGCCGGAAUCAAAUCCCGGAAUGUACCACCCACCCGAGCCAGCCCCAUGUCCUUCAGCCCGCCCAGCCCUGGUGUCCACAGCUACACCUUGCCUCUGACCCUGAUGGCCUGACCCUGCGUCCUGCCUCUGGCUUGACUCCCACUCGUGGCUGCCUCUUGGGACUCGUGGGGGAUGCUCGCGUGCCUGUGCACCGUGCUCUGGCAGGUCCCUGCGGUGCCAGCCCUCAACCGCACCGGAGACCCGGGGCCCGGCCCCUCCAUCCAGAAAACCUAUGACCUCACCCGCUACCUGGAGCACCAGCUCCGCAGCUUGGCUGGGACCUAUCUGAACUACCUGGGCCCCCCUUUCAACGAGCCUGACUUCAACCCCCCUCGGCUGGGGGUGGAGACUCUGCCCAAGGCCACUGUCAACCUGGAGGUGUGGCGAAGCCUCAACGACAAACUGCGGCUGACCCAGAACUACGAGGCCUACAGCCACCUCCUGUGCUACCUGCGGGGCCUCAACCGCCAGGCCGCCACGGCCGAGCUGCGCCGCAGCCUGGCCCACUUCUGCACCAGCCUCCAGGGCCUGCUGGGCAGCAUCGCAGGCGUCAUGGCAGCUCUGGGCUACCCGCUGCCCCAGCCUCUGCCCGGGACUGAGCCCACCUGGGCCCCUGGCCCUGCCCACAGUGACUUCCUCCAGAAGAUGGACGACUUCUGGCUGUUGAAGGAGCUGCAGACCUGGCUCUGGCGCUCGGCCAAGGACUUCAACCGGCUCAAGAAGAAGAUGCAGCCUCCAGCCACCGCGGUCACCCUGCACCUGGAGGCCCGUGGCUUCUGAUCUCUGACCACCCUCUACUCCCCCUCCUCCUUCCAGCCCUGCUCCCACUCUAGGAGGGAGAAACGCGUACACCAACACUUGUUGAGCCAGGAGACAGAAGCCGUGAGCCUCUAGCCUCCCUGGACUUGGAGGAGGGUGUGAUGCAAUAAGGCCCAUCCCCUCCUGGCCUCCCUAAGUCCUACGGGUCUGAGGAAGAGGUGCAAUAGGCCCCAUCCCAUUUCCACAGGACAUCAUGCUCAAGGGCACCCAGAGUGGCUGCAGUCGGUGUGAGGCUCUUGCAGCUUCCUGCUUCCUGCCCACCACUUGCCAGCGCCCACCCACCCCCUCAAGUGGCACUUCCAGGAAGCAUGCCUGUAGGGCAGGGACAGGGGGGCACCAUCACAUGUGCCUUUCUGGGGUGAAACCCUUUGGCUGCCCUGCUCUCCUUAGAUGGGUGUUGCUCCCCCACCCCUCAAACAACUCAAUACAUCCAGUUCAGGAAACGCACGGUGGCCAAGUCCAGAUGGAAGAGAUGUGAUGAAAAAUGGAAGAGGUGGGGUCUGCAAUGGAGGUAAUACAGAAAGCAGAGGGGCAGGGACAGACUGGACCCAGGGGUCACCAAGGCGAUCCGUGGCACAGGGUGUCAUCCAAAAGGACACGGCCUUGAAUUUUCUUGCCAGCUUCAGGGUGCCUCCCCUCCGCCCCCUUUCCCAGGGUAUCUGUGGGUUGCCCAGGCUGGGGAGGGCAACCACAGCCACAGCCACAGAAUUUCCUGAAAGUUUACAUUGCGGUAGCAUUUCAGGGUACGGGGGCAGCUCCCCUAGGCCCUGCCCCCCAGCCCCACCCAACUCAUGACUCUUUUAAGUUUGUUGUAUUAAUAUUUAUUUAUUUGGAGAUGUUAUUUAUUAGAUGAUAUUUAUUGCAGAAUUUCUAUUCUUGUAUUAACAAAUAAAAUGCUUGCCCCAGAA